UAAUGAAUGGUGGUGAUCAGACACUCUCUACUACCAGGGACUGAAGCAGCAAUCUUGGCCAGACCAUUUAUCAAGAAAAGUUGUGUAACUUUCCUGGGGCAUGAAUUUGGAAUAUGACUAAAAUAUACCCAAGAUUCUUAAAUCCUACUGAAGAUACCCCUGUCUACAAAUGUUCAUGGGAACAAAUUGCACAGGAAAAUGCAAACGUGAAGACAUUGCAAGGCAGAGUGCCGGGCAGGAGAGUGAAGUUGCUGGAGGGUCACAGGUGGUGGUUUCUUCACACCUUUCUGUUGAAGGAUAUGGUCCAGGAAAAGAGAGAAUACUGGAAGUAAUCACUGGCCCAUGGUGCCAAUGGGAACAGGUUGAAUUCUUUGAAAGUGGGACAUUACCAAGAUGGUCAGUGCCUCCCCAAAACUGGAAAAUAUGACUGGAAGGUGUCUUGUAAGUUUGAUCCAGCAGGCUUUCAACUGAAUUCUAUGUGGAAGGGAGAAGGGAUCUGAAAAAUAAUGUUAUGUGAAGUACUAGGAACCAGACAGAGGUGUAUUCAGGAUGUGAGGACAACAACUAAGCAUGUAAAUAUAGGAAAGAAUAAGUCAAGCUAUUUGAGUGAAAGUUUCCAUGGUUUCCAUACAAAGGCAUAGCAUAUGGAGAGCAAACAGGAAGUAGUAGAAAUCCUAAUUCAGGAAGGCAAAUACGAUUUAUUAGGUUUACUGAAACCUAGUAGGACAAAAUGUAUAAGUAGAAUGCCAGAAUUGAAAGGUAUCACUUAUUCAAAAGGAAUAGGCCUGGGAAAAGGUGAAGAGAAGGUCAUUGUAUAUGAAGGAAGUGCACACAUGUCUUGCAAUCAAGGAAUUUGACUGUGAAGUGAAGAACAUUUGAGCAGGUCAAGAGCAUUUGAGUAAGAAUGCAAGGGAGUAGUAAUAACAAAUAUAUUAUUGUGGGGAUGCUAUAGAUUCCCAAGGCAGAAGAUCUGGAUAAUGCUCUUCAAGAGUCAUUUUACAGAACUAUCAGGGAAGAAAGACAUAGUAUUAAUGGGAGACUGUAUGUAUGUGUACAUCUGUUUGAAAAAAAACUUGGGGAAGACCACUCAAAUUCCUCAGUUAUCUUGCUGAUUGUUUUGUUUUCCAAAAAGUCAAAGAAGUGACAGUGGGAUCUGAUAUUAACCAACAAGGAAAAGUUGGAUGAAGAGAUAAAAAUGGUGGGAACAAAAGAAGUUAGGAUUGAGGGGGUUGGCUAUGUUGGUAGUAAAAGGAAGAAAAAGGAAAUGAGUUCAAUUCUUGGAGAAGGUGUUAGAGUAAUAACAGGAUAUAAGGAGAAGGCAGAGCUACUCAACCCCAACUUGUUUUAGUCUUCCCAAAAAGGAACCGUAUACAAAUGGACCUAACAAUUGAUUAAGGAAGUGACAACCCAAGAGACCUCUGCUGAACCUUCUCUUCAGGCCAAGCAGUUGAAGUUGAAGCGGGCUAGAUUGGCUGAUGAUCUCAAUGAGAAGAUUGCCCAGAGACCGGGCCCCAUGGAAUUGGUAGAGAAAAACAUUCUGCCUGUAGAAUCUAGCUUGAAGGAAGCUCUCAUUGUAGGUCAAGUGAACUAUCCUAAGGUAGCAGAUAAUUCCUCCUUCGAUGAGGACAGCAGUGAUGCCCUGUCUCCAGAACAACCGACUAGCCAUGAAUCCCAGGGUUCUGUGCCAUCCCCAAUGGAAGCGCAAAUUAGUGAUUCACUUCCUAUCCCCACAGUGGCAUCCCCUGCUCAGAUUGUGUGCCAGUUAAAAAUCAGCGCAGACUGCGCUGAGACAACUUACGUGUCUGAACAGCCACCAACCCCCUUGCCACAGCCACUACCUCCAGUGCCUCUGAAUCUCACAAAUGGAAUUGCUCCUUCCGCUGCCAAACCUCUUCCAACCCUUAUAAAGCAAAGCCAGCCAAAAUCUUCAUGUGAGAAGCCCCAGCGUAGCAAAAAAUCCAAGGAGCCGAAACCAAAAGUCAAGAAGUUGAAAUAUCACCAGUAUAUUCCACCGGACCAAAAACAGGAUAAAGGAGCUCCUCCCAUGGAUUCAUCUUAUGCCAAAAUUCUGCAGCAACAGCAGCUCUUUUUGCAGCUCCAGAUCCUUAAUCAGCAGCAGCAACAGCACUACAACUAUCAAACCAUCCUACCAGCUCCACCAAAGCCUCUAGGAGAACAGAACGGUAGCAGCACCCCAGCCAUGCGUAGUCUUUCCACUGCUGCCAGUAACGCCUCUUCCAUCUCUUCUGGUCCUAAUGGGCUGUUGCGACAAAAUGGCAGCUCUCCGGUGGGCAAACCUGGGGCUCUCCCGACUAAUCUUGAUGACAUGAAGGUGGCAGAGCUAAAGCAAGAGUUGAAGUUAAGGGCAUUGCCUGUUUCGGGUACCAAGACAGAUCUAAUUGAGCGGCUCAAGGCUUAUCAAGAGCAGAAUGGUACAACCAGCCGAGUAAUCGCUGCUCCAAAGCCUAACACAGCAAUUCUCCCGAAAACUACUGAAGUGGUGGUAGCUUUCCCAGCUGCUCGGCUGAGUACAGGGCCUACGCUGGUCAGUACAGGUCUUACUUCAGCAGAGGUGGUUGUCGCCACUGUCACAGGCAAUGGUGUGAUGAAGUUUGGGAGCACAGGCUCAACUCCUCCUGUGUCACCCACCCCCUCUGAACGCUCUCUUGUAAGUGCUGGAGAUGAGAAUUCAACCAGUGGAGAUACCUUUGGGGAGAUGGUGACUUCUCCCCUGACUCAGCUUACUCUGCAAGCAUCACCAGUCCAAUUUUUGGUAAAAGAGGAGAAUUCCAAAGGUAACACUUGCAGUAGCACAAAUGCAGUCUCAAAGGUGGAGUCCAGCAUAAUCAGUAGCAACAACAACAAAGACAUGGAGGUCCAGGAUAAAGACCAGAUGCUGCAGGAGAAAGAUAAGCAAAUUGAGGAACUCACCCGGAUGUUAAAACAGAAGCAGCAGCUGGUGGAGAUGCUGAAGCUGCAGCUGGAGAAAGAAAAGAGAGCUCAGCAACCACUGUCAGCUAUGGUUCUUGGAGAUGAAGACAGAGCUACAGUCUGUGAGCCAUCUAUUUUUGGCACCCCUGUCAAGAAUGAAAAGGGCUUUGCAAGUUGCCAGUCUAUGGAGCAGCACAACUGCCAAAUUGACCGGUUAAGAUACACACAGUCCACCAGCCAAAUGGACACAUCAGAUACUAAUGUAGUGCCAAAGAAAGCAGUGAUGGUGAAGCAGGAAGUGCUAGCUGCUGAAACUGAGCCACCAUGUCAGACCUCAUGUUUUUUCCUUGGACAGCAAGGUGGAGGCUUCAGUGAUUUCAUCAAGGGAGCUUCUCCUCCUACCCUCAUCACAGAUUCCACAGGCACUCACAUAGUCCUCACUGUGACCAAUCAGAAUGCUGAAAGGCAGGGCCUCUCACUUCAGGAGAAAGUAGGAAGCAGCUCAUUGCCAUUGAAAAGACUGUCAUCCCCAUCUACAAAAGCAUCCAACAAGCCACCUAUAAACAACUCUCCCUCAUCUCCUGAACCACCACCAAAGGAGUCCACCCAGAAGUGUCAGAAGUCGGGUCUGCAAAUGGUCACUGGACAGCUGCCACAAACAAUCUUGUCUUUUUCUGCACCUCCCAACUUGCAGCCCUUCUUCCUGAAUGGCUUCCACAAAGGACUGCUGAAUGCCAGAGUUCCUGACAAAACUGGCCAGUCCAGUGAGACAAAAAAGCUUCUCUCACAGCCAAGCUCUCCAGCUCCUCCUUCUCCUCCUCCACCUCAUAUGGACCUUGAACAGCAGAAGCAGAGCCCAUCCUUCUUCAGUACUUUGCCACCACUGCCUCUCCCUGCCACUUCAGUGGUGAUAAAAGAACCACCAGGCUAUGAGGAGGCUGUGAAACAGCAACCAAAGUUCUCUGAGGAGAAUGGCUGCUCAAGUCAGCAAAUGGAUGAUUUGUUUGAUAUUUUGAUUGAACAUGGAGAGAUUUCAGCUCAAUUCAAAGAGCAGUCUUCCCCAGCCAGAAAAGAUCCCACUAUUUCCCCAGGAUGCACUUCUCCCUCCAGCAAUCACCAUUCCUCAGAGCUCCCUCUGCAGGUGUCUGUGAGCCACACAAGCUCUGUUAAUCCACCAGGCAGAUUGGAAGACUUCCUAGAGAGUACUACUGGUCUCUCUCUGUUGACAGCAGUCCCUGAUGGAACUGAGCCCCUAAUUGAUCUCUACAGUGAGAUGCUAAGCAGUUCAGCUAUUCUGGACCACCCAUCAUCACCUAUGGACACAUCAGAAUUGCACUUUGCCCCUGAGCCUACUGGGGGACCAGGUUUGGACUUGGCAGAACCCAACUUGGACAGCAUGGAUUGGUUGGAGCUGUCAGGUGGGCCAGUGAUGAGCCUUACACCCCUCAGUACUGCAACCCCUAGCCUCUUCUCUACAGAUUUCCUUGAUGGACACGAUUUGCAGCUGCACUGGGAUUCUUGCUUAUAACUUUUUGACCAAGCAGACUGAGGGAGUACAGGUGGGUGUAGGAGAUGAGCAAGAACUUAAGUAAAAAUUGCAUCUAAUGAACUUUCCUCCCUCUUCCCCCACCCCCACAUCCAUUUUGACCAGUUUUUGUAAAGUUAGAGCCAAGGGCAAGCACCCAUAAUGUCUUCUGAAUGAAAAUUCAAUCUCAGGAAAGCUUCCACCUUUUCCAGUGGUUAGUUGAAAUGUGGCUCUUUCCUCGAAUGUUUAGUGAUUGCAUCAGAGUUGUAUGAAUAACUGCAAAUAUUUCAACAUAAGCAGCUUGCAAGAGUUGGGAACAGCUCUAGGCAAAGAAUCCAGAAAAAGUCAUUGGCAAACACUGCUCCCUGCUGGAGUUGAGUCUACCUAGUUAGAAAGCAUUAAAAAAUGGAAAAAGUUAAUUGGUCCAUAUUGUAAAGAUUUUCACUUAAAAUAUGACUCAUCUGGGAAAGGAAGUGGGGGAUUAGGAUGAAUUCAUACUGAAGGAGUUUACUAUCAGUUCUGAUGGUUACAAUCUAGUUAAAAAAACCCUUUUUGUUGAUAAUGCUGUAGUAUAUGUGCUUACUGCGUAGUGAGAAAGCUAAAUCCAAGUUAUAUACCAGAGCUUAGAGAACAGCUCUUGCUGUUUAGCCAUUGUUCUGGAUUGCCCCAGAGGGCCAAUUACCUUGGUUCUGGUAUCUUACCAGCCAGGAUUUGCCAUGAAUCAGAGCAGUUGUACAAGGGAUGAUAUUAGCAGCUUCCUGCAGUUCUUUUACAAAUUAUUCUAAUGGUUCUGGCUAUGGAACAUAAUUGCCUAGAGCUUGCUGUUUUGAAGAAAUGGAGUUCUGAACUGACUGGUUGGCAACCUAACAUCUGCAGUAUUUGAGCUGCACUGCCCUGCUUUGCUCUCCCUAGAGAGUAUACUAUUCACAGAUGUAACCCCUCCUCUCCAUAUUUUUUGCACACAAAGUGCAGCUUCCUCUGUACUGGCAACUGGGUUCAUAGGGAAGUAGUCUCUGCUGUAUAUCGCUGCACAUAAACGGUUGUGGUUGUAUCUCUCCUUGGAUAGCUUAGCUGAUGUCAACUCUUCACAAGUUUCAAUCAAUAAGAACCUCAAAGAACAUGCACAUCAAUUUCCUUCCAAAAAGGAGAUCAUUUGGGAUGGAGAUGCAUGUGCUAUUACACAGAGGAAAUUUACGUAGCCAUAAUCCCUGCUACUGUGAAAUGUGGUUGUAAAUUCCAGUCUUUCCUCUUGAAACUUGGCUUUAUUUUUUACCUAGUAAAUUUGUACAUAGCUCUGUAAAACCGUUUUAGAAGGCUGAAGAAAUUGAUUCACUCGUUAGAAGGUGAUGCUUCCCUUUAGCUUCUCCUUUUUGUAAAACUGUUGCAGAGCAACCAUUUUAGGGUGGAGGUUGGAAUGGGACCUUGCCCUUAGACCACCAGUUGAACCUUUUUGCACACGCCACUCAAAAUAAAUAUUAUUAGUCAAUCUCCCUUUCCAUAGAUAAGAAUGUAUAAUUCAUGGAUCUGCUGGCAUGGGCUUCCUCUCCACCAAGUAACGGAGACUUCUCUCAUUUUAUAGAAUUCCAAAAACCCCUUUACUUCUGAUUCUCUAACAGUUUAUAGAGUCUAUAUAAUCCUAAUAACCCUUUAUGAUGAAUAGCCUGAUCUUGAAGAAUUAGUUGCGAUUAUGUGACUAGCCAAUGUCCUGGAAUAGCUAACUGCAAGUGAAGCUGAUUUCUGUAAAAAUCUUUCUUCUGCAGGAAUCAGAUUGUUAGAAUUGCUGAAUGUAGUCAUCUUUUAUAUUCUGCAGGACAUGCAACUAAUCAUAUAGAUUAGUGACUAGUUUGCAAAGAUAGCUAGUUUUUGGAUUGUUUGGAAUAUAAAACUUGUAUAACAUAGAUUAGGACCACAUUAGUGGGAGGGAGCACUUAGUUCAGUAUGAGCAUCUUGCAUCUUCCCUCAUGCCGAGAAUAGUAAACAAGCUUUGCAUGUGUCUCGUUCACUGGCCAAGGGAGAGAAACUAUCAAACAAGAGGACUUUUUCUCAAAAGGUGCUAUGACUACAACUGCCUGUCUCUGAAAGAAGAACCCAAUCACCAUAAUCAAAUACAAAAAUAAGGUGAAAAGCUUUGACAGAACACUACUAAUGAACUUAAAAUGCUUUGGGGACAUUACUUAUCAUGGAAGGGGGAAUUGGAAUUCACAUUAAUGUCCAUUUUUCUCCAGUGUAUAAAGUAGUAUCUGUCAUUUAUCCUCUCUAAAUUCUCCUUUUACCCCAUACAGUAAAUAAGAAUCUGCCUCUUAGUCUCAACAUACGUAUUUUUCUGCUGAUAAUCAUACCAGUAUAACAUGUAUUAGAUCAGCAUGCAUAUUUUCUUCCCUUAUUCAUCAAUGAAAAGAAUUAGCAACACAGGGAGGAGCCUUAAGCAGAGCUUUCGGAUUUGACACAGAAUGAACAUGGAACUGGAAAAGGAUAUGGAAUGAACAAAUGUGGGGGAGGGGUAAAGAAUGGAUAGAUCAAAUUAUUUUUUCAUUUACAGAUAUCUGAAAAAUCCAUUUUAUUAAAAAAUUUGUGUUCUA